AUGCUCCGAAUAACCGUUCCAUGGCGUAAAAAUCCUGUUAUUUUCAAACAAGGACAGGGUAUGUUCACACAUCAGCUUAAACGUAUGCUACAGAAAAAAGCCAUGCAUCGUUACAAUUGGGAUCCUUUGCCAAUGUAUGAUCCACGUAAACUUGUACAUUCCAAUCGUCGUAUUGAUCCAGAGACAUGGGAGGAACGUUAUGACCCGCAUUGGGAUGAACGUGCACAUUUAGUUCCGGAUCAAAGUUUCUAUCAUAUUCCUGUUCCCCCAGAGUAUAGAGAUGCGUAUUGGUGGAGAGACUUGCAGGCACGACGUGUGCAAUGUCCUAUAGAAUGGGUAAGCCAUAGGAUGUACAACAAGGGUGAUCGGCAACGUUAUGAUUUCCAGGACAUGUCAUUUAGAAAGAAAUUUGAGUAUUCAUACGAAGAAGUAGUAAAGAAUGCAAAGGAAAUGCGAAGUUAA